AUGUUCAUCUACAUCAAACAUGGAGAUAAUCAGUGUUUUAUUGUCAAUACCAACUGCGCUGUUUGCCACUUGCUGACUUACGUCCGCAGUAAAGUGGGGUUGCCUAAAACAGACACCAUCGAUUUGUGUGAUACAGCGGGGACAAUGAAGUUGUUCUUCCUGAUGAAGAUACCUGGAAACUAUGCCAACAAAUUCCUUACAGCUCGAAACACCUACUAUGUUUGUAGGGUGGCACGUGGGACACCAGGAACCCCACUGCAGAACGCCUACAUAGCCUUUGUACCCCUCCUGAAGGAUCCAGAUCACACAAUAAUCGAUGCCUUGCGCACACAAUGCGACAUACUGGAGAGGAGCCGACAGAAACUGCUUGGACUCCAAGAAGCAAAGAAAAUCUCUAAAAUGGAAUCCACGGUGAACCUUUUAACCAAAAAGGGUGACGACAAGACUUCUCGCAAGGGACCGUUCCAUAAGGCCAGGGUAGGCUUUGUCACUACAACGAAGCAGAAACCAAAACCAAAUAAAGUGACCAAGUGA